AUGUCUGACAAGCAACUCACUUUCGAGGAGGUCUCCGCCCACGCCUCCAAGAAGGACCUGUACAUGGUCAUUCACGACAAGGUCUAUGAUGUGACCAGCUUCGUCGAUGAGCACCCUGGUGGUGAGGAAGUCCUCAUGGACGUUGCCGGUGUCGAUGGCACCGAGGCUUUCGAGGACGUCGGCCACUCCGACGAGGCGCGCGAGAUCUUGGACGGCCUUUUCGUCGCCUCAUUGAAGCGCCAGCCCGGUGACCCUGCUCCCAAGACUCACGCUCCCUCCUCAUCCAGCGGUCCCUCCCCUGCCGGUCUCGGUGUCGGUCUCUACGCUAUUUUCCUCAUCGGAGGUGCUAUUGCCUACGGAGCUUACAACUACCUCCAGGCUCAGCAGAAGCAGCAGUAG